ACGUCGUAAUAGAAACAGUUGACUCGACAAAGAGAAGACGGGUGACCACCCCUAGUGCAAAACUGAGAAGCAACACGAAGAUAGGCAAGUAUAGGCUACAUCGUUCCUCACGGCAAUUGGAAGUCGCGCCUGGCGACAUCGCUCUUAGUCAUCGUCAAGCAGCUCGUCGACCUUAUCCUCCGAAUCUGACCAAAGCGCAGGUGAGAGAAACGGCGAGUGGAAAGGAACGCCAGACCUAGGAUGCAGUAUAGUAGGCACGUCGGCAAAAAUACAGGACGAGUCAGCGUUCGCCACAGUCGGCUCGGCGCAAGCUGCAGUGAGGACAGACAGAGACAGGGGAUGCAAGAAACUGUACUUCCUCCUUGGGAUAACGUAAAGGAUGUGGCCAUCGGUUCCAUCGGAGAGUGCCUCUGGGUUGCUGACUUCAUGGCUGUCAAGACGGCCGCAAGGUCUUGCGGCGACGAAGGAGGUGUCGGAGAUGUGAUGUGGAGGCUAAUUGGCGAUGACGCUAAAUCGGCUGUGGCAGCUGCUGGCUGUAGAGAUUGUCGGGGAGAGGGACAAUCGAUCGGCUCUGGGCUGUGGCGAUUGCAUGGCGAGGAGUGCCAGUCGCACCGGAGGGGACAUCUAAGAAGUCACUUCGCGAUGCUUGAGACGGGAUGUACAGUUGAGCUGGGAUGUUGGACGUAGAUCUCUCGCAAGACGUUGUCUGAGACUUCGCAUUAUGUGCAACUGGCCAUGAUGGAUUCGGUGGAAGACCCUAUGUAGUCUUCCUUACACUCUGUUUGUGACGGCGACGUUUGUGAUUUUGACGAUGUUCGCUUACAUCGUCAUUCUCAGCUCGCCUCUUCUGUACCCCACGAGACCUCAGUGUGUCGGUUUUGGACUGUCGUGCACGGGUCGUCAAGCGUAGCGAUCGACGCGGGGUCACUAUAGGUAUAGGAAUGAAGCUCUCGACAUCUUGCUGUAGGUGCACAGCAGUCGAAGAGGUGGCGCGAGUCGCGACGCGCGUAGAACGGCGAAGGGCGACUCGCUGUUCGCGUUCGUAACGGGUAGAUGACGCAGUAACUUUAAGAGCCCAUCUGAAGAGGGGGCGUCGAACAGAUGAUGUACACGCGUCGCCAUGCCGAACAUUUGGAAGAAUCACGCCGCCAUCAUAUACCAGGGAAUGAACCUGCACGAUGGGGCACUCGUGAACCUUGAAUAUCACGUA